CCGGGCCUUUGCUAGCCUACCACAGUAUUGCUACAUUUUCCCUAAAACCCGCUGUUUGCUACGGACGGCCAGGUGACAAGGUUUGAGCGCUAUCCUACACCAUCAUCACGGAAUUGAUGGGUCGGCCUAACUGACAGAAGCUGUCUCCAUUGCCAGGCCACAUCCUCGGAUAGCGGCAUCAUCCAGCUUUGCAAUCCCCGCCGAACGAGCUCGACAUCGCGAGCUCGACGCUGCCCAGACCGCAGCCAUGGCUUCUCAGCAGAAUCCCCCUUUCAAGGUCGAUCGAUACGUCGUCAUCCACGUCGCUACGACUUGCGAUGAGCACGGUGUUUAUGUGACAAAGGACUCCGCCGAGGUUAUUGAGCUUGGCUGGAUUCUCCUCGACGCAAACUCGCUGGACGAGCUCCACCGCGAGAGCGUGCUUGUCAAGCCCGUCAACACUCCCAUCACUCCUCUCUGCACGAGCUUGACCACCCUGACCUGGGAGCAUGUUCGGAACGCCGGCACCUUCAGGGACGCCAUCAACCGCUUUGAUGCAUUCGCCUCGGAGCACCUGACGGGCCCCAACCUCGACUUCGUUUUCGUCACGUUGGAAGCAUGGGAUCUCCGUGUCCAGCUCCCCCGGGAAGCUCGCGACAAGUCCGUCGUGCUUCCUCCGUAUCUGCAGCAUUCUCGGACGUUCGAGCUGCGCACUGAAUAUCAACGGUGGCAGCAACACCACCCUGAAUCGCUGCCGUUCGGACCCUCAUCAUUGGCGAAUAUAUGUGCGGCGCUGGAGGUGGAGCCGGUUCAAUCCAAUGCCCCCAUCAAGCACAACCUGCCCUUCCACCUGCAGGCUCUUGCUCCAGCAUCGCCUCGUCGGGCCAUGGAGGAAGCUGUGACGCUGGCCCGUGUGCUCCGCGGCUUAAUCCGGAAGUCCCAGCCGCCCCACGACCAUCCCGAUGUGCUCACUCGCCCGAUGGAUGCCCGCGCCGAUGUUCGCGCUUUCUUGUCUGAGCGCAGCAAGGUCCUGCACAUGUCUGGCCUGCCCCAUGACACCACCCAGUCGGAACUCGAGAGUUGGUUCACCCAGUUUGGUGGCCGCCCCAUUGCGUUUUGGACACUACGCACCCCCGAGCAGCACAAGCCGACUGGUACUGGUUUUGCUGUCUUUUCUUCGCACGAAGAGGCCGCCGAAAGUCUGUGCAUGAACGGCCGUGCUCUGAACGAGAAGGCGAUCGAGGUGUCCCCAUCGUCAAGCCGCGUCUUGGAUCGGGCUGCUGAGAUCCUCACCCCGUUUCCCCCUAGCAAGAACCGGCCUCGACCCGGCGACUGGACCUGCCCCUCAUGCGGCUUCUCGAACUUCCAGCGCCGCACCGCGUGCUUCCGCUGCUCGUUCCCUGCCGUCACUCCCGGCCCGGCAGGCGAGAUGGGCUAUGGGUAUGGGUAUACGCCACCGGCGAUGAUGCCCCCGCCUCCCCACAUGGGCCACCAUGGCCACGGUGGCGGCCACGGUCGCAUGGGCGGUUCCGGCGUGGUGCCUUUCCGCGCUGGUGACUGGAAGUGCGGUAACGAGGUGUGUGGCUACCACAACUUCGCCAAGAAUGUCUGCUGCCUUCGGUGCGGAGCCAGCCGUGCUGGUGCUGCUGUGGUUGCCGACUCGGGCUAUCCUUCUCCCAUGGACGCGCCUUCUUCGUACGGCAUGGGUCAGGGCUCCAUGGGUGGCACUCCCGGUCCAGGCCCCUUCGCUUCCGGCGCCGCUGGCUUUGGCUCUGGUGUUGGAUAUGGCCAGCACUUCGGCGGUCCGCCGAGCACAUACGCUCUUCCAUCCGGCAUUGGCGGCGGUGCUGCGCCCUACCCUCCGCUGAACACCCACUUUGGCCCUGCGCCGGGUUCUCACUCUGCUGGUCCCUUCGACAGCCGCGCGGCCGAGGCGGCGUUCCAAUCCGCAGGCAACGGCCCCGCUUCCGCCGGCCCUAGCAACAACUUCUACUCCCAGGGUGAGAACGACCCGUUUGCCUUCCUCUCCUCGGGUAUCGGUAGCCUCUCAGUCAGCAACCAGGAUGCUCGUCAAAACGGCGGUGCCGCGCCGCCGAACAAAUCGCCCGCAUAAGCACCCGGUCGACCAUCAUCCCAAACAUAGCGCUGUUGCCCAUUGUGAUGCUAGAAUGAGUCCGUCUCUCGAGAGCUGCCGAGUCCUUACACUCCCUCGCACGCAUGGCAACACACCAGACAUGAGCCCGACGACGCCGAUUUUCCGGCACAGCGGGAUC